AGUUGUUGUGGUAUGUUUGACUCGAAAAGUAGUGUCAUUAGUUUGUUGAAAUUACCUGCGAUAUUUGCGUGAUCAAAACUGUAAACUAUAAAUUUAGAUUCCUGAUAUUGCGAGAUGUGUUCCCGUGGAGUGUAUUUACCCACGAACCCUGACGAUUUAAAUGUUGUAAACGCCCCAAGUUUCCUUCGAGUUAAUUCGUUUGUGGAUGAUGACAAAAGUACUGGAGGAAAUGAAAGUCCAACGUUCGGCGCAAAUGCAGUUUAUGCAACCAACGAACCAGAUUUGUCAAAUGAAAUUUCUGCUCCUUAUGAAGUACCACAGUUCCCUAUUGAACAGAUUGAAAAGAAAUUGGCUAUUCAAAGACAAUUAAAUUACAAGGUAUUAGAAGAUAAGCGUAGUCACUAUGAACCAUCAAUUCAAGGAACUGCCGAAGUAGAUGAACUUGAUGAUCAUGAUUUGUACGUACCUCAUUUCCAACGCGUUUCAAUUUCUGGAGAAGACACAAGUGGAGUACCACUUGAGGAUCUAGAAAGAGCUUCCAAACUCAUUGUUCAGGCAUUGCAAAUUCGCAAACGGUAUAUGGAAAUGUCUUAUCAAAACUUUUCUUCCACUGCAGGUAGAUUUUUGGAUCCUAAUAAGGAACAACAAAAACACGACGAGAAACAGUCUAUUGAAGAUCGACAAUAUGCGGAGGUGCUACUAAGAACUGCCAGAGCUUCGUUUGAUGAUUCUGUGUUGAAGAUUUUGACCGUUGAAAAUGUCGAGAAGAUAUUAAAAAGUGGUCCAGACCAUGGAAUUCAUCCUCCAGUUCACACACCCUGGGAAGCACCAAAUAUACCAGACACAGACCAUACUUUUAAGAACUGUAGUGGAGUUUACAACGUGUAUAUGAACAAAGAGGAUAUGGAAAAUAACAAACCCUGUAAUUAUGAAUAUCCUGAUGUUAUAACAUUUACUGAUGAUUUUUAUACUAUGUGUAACAUGAUAGCUGAUGGACCAUUAAAAUCAUUCUGCUAUCGGCGCUUAACAUAUUUAUCAUCUAAAUUCCAAUUGCAUGUACUGCUCAACGAACUUAGAGAAUUGGCUUCACAGAAGGCUGUACCACAUCGAGACUUCUACAAUAUCCGUAAGGUAGACACCCACAUACACGCAGCGUCGUGUAUGAACCAAAAGCAUCUUCUGCGAUUCAUUAAAAAGACUUUAAAAAAUAACGCAGAAGAAGUAGUUUCAGUAACGAAGGGAGUGCCUAUGACUCUUCGUCAAGUCUUUCAGGUAAUGCAGAAUCAGUCCAUGAAUCUUACAACAUACGACCUCACCGUUGACAUGUUGGACGUCCAUGCCGAUCGAAAUACUUUCCACAGAUUCGAUAAGUUCAAUGCUAAGUAUAAUCCCGUAGGAGAAAGUAGACUACGCGAGGUUUUCUUAAAAACGGAUAACUACUUGAAUGGAAAAUAUUUUGCCAAUAUCAUCAAGGAAGUUGCUAGCGAUUUGGAAGAAUCCAAGUAUCAAAAUGCUGAACUGAGACUUAGUAUUUAUGGAAAAACCAGAGAUGAAUGGGAUAAAUUGGCUAAGUGGGCUAUAAAUGAGAACGUUUAUUCCGAUAACGUCCGUUGGUUGAUUCAAGUUCCUCGACUUUUUGACAUUUUCAAGACAAAUAAGGUCCUGAGUUGUUUCCAAGAGGUUAUUGACAAUAUCUUCCUCCCAUUAUUUGAAGUGACAGCUAAACCAAGCUCCCACCCGGAACUCCACAACUUUCUUCAGUAUGUCAUUGGAUUUGAUUCAGUAGACGACGAAAGUAAACCAGAAAAGAACCCAUUAUUUGACAAAGACACCGCUACUCCUGAUAAUUGGAAUGACGUAGAAAAUCCUAACUAUGCUUAUUAUUUGUAUUACAUGUACGCUAAUUUAACGAUUUUAAAUCAUUUUAGAAACGAGAAAGGUUUGCAUACAUUUGUUCUUAGACCACAUUGUGGUGAAGCUGGACCAGUUCAGCAUUUAGUAUGUGGGUAUAUGCUUUCUGAGAAUAUUUCCCAUGGAUUGCUUUUGAGAAAAGUUCCAGUACUGCAGUAUUUGUAUUACUUAGCGCAGAUAGGUAUUGCUAUGAGCCCUCUUUCUAACAAUAGCUUAUUCUUGAACUACCACCGCAACCCUCUACCCGAAUAUUUGUCGAGAGGACUAAUGGUUUCAUUAUCUUCGGACGAUCCGCUACAAUUCCAUUUUACCAAAGAACCGUUGAUGGAAGAGUACAGCAUUGCUGCUCAAGUGUGGAAGCUGUCCAGUUGCGACAUGUGUGAAUUGGCUAGGAAUAGCGUCUUAAUGUCUGGAUUUUCUCACAAGACUAAGCAGUACUGGUUGGGUCCAAAUUAUACCAAAGAGGGUGUUGCUGGUAACGACAUCGCUAGAACAAACGUACCCGACAUACGGGUUGCUUUUCGCUAUGAGACACUUAUUGAUGAGCUGUCGAAUAUUUUCAAACCUCAUCAACAAAAACAUUUUUAAAUGGUUGUCAUAACCUUUACCUUCCUAAAUUUUUACAACAAAUAUUUCUAAAACUGUGAAACUAGUUUAAACAUGUAAGCACCACUGAAAUUUCUUUAGCAUUAAAAAAUACUCUCGUUUCAAAAAUCCGAUCAGAAUAAUAUAAAUACUUAUUAAAAAUUGUCAUAAAGUAUACUUUUAUAUAGUGACAAGUGACACUUAAAGUAGAACGCCGGAAAAGACAAAUUUAGGUCAGAAGUAACAAGAUAAAUGGAGGUAAAUAACAGACAAAUAAUAUAUUGGAUCUGUGUACAUUUUGCAAGGUACAAGUGAAGGAAAAGGGCCCCAGCACGAAGAAGAACAUCCUGACUUGCUAACCUGAGAGCAUCGUAUAGAAAAACCUCAACACAGCUAUUUCGUAUAGCAAACAACAAAAUAAUCAUAGCCAGAAUGAUCGCCAACGUUCGGAACGAACAGGCACCCUAAGAAGAAGAAUCGAAAAACUUCAGCAAUGAAGUCUAUCUAAGAUUAGAGUUAAAUAUACAUGGUUAGAUUUAUAAAAUUAUUAAAUUAGUAUUCACUUGUACUAUAUAUCAUGUAAUGUUUAACAUAUUUGUAAGUAUUGUUUUUGAAUAACCGUUGUCAGUGAGGGAUGUCAUACUAUUAACAACUGUGACGUAACUUUUAAAAAAUUAAGACAGCUUUGAGACGCAUAACUGACAAAUAUGUCAUAUGUCUAAUAUGUGACAAGACCGCUACGUCAUACCUACUAAUUGGUAUCGAAUAAUAUCACUUAAUAAAGUAGUAUUAAUAAUAUUAAUAUGAUUAUUAUUUUAAUUUAUAAAUAAUAUAAAUUAUAUAAUACUUCU